AUGAAGCGGGCAAGGUUCGAUUCAUCCCAAGUCAGUCCGCCCAGCGAGUCGGCCGAACAUCAGCCGAAGGUCUCACGGAAGAUUCGAGCAUGUCAAGCAUGCCAGAACCGCAAAAUCAAAUGCGAUUUGGAGCCUGGGCAAGAGCAGUGCGCGCGCUGCGCCAGGCUUGGCCUGAAAUGCGUCGUCAACAAGAGCCUGCAGACGCUGUUGGACAGCGAAAACGAGUGGAAGAAGAACAUUGAGGCGCAGAUGCAGAGCCUCCAGGCGGCCCUGUCCGAGGUGCAAAGGGCGUUGAGCAUGCAUGUGCAUGUGCCGCGUCCGACGCCAGCUCAACUGCCGGGCUUGCAGGCGAGUGCGAGUGCCAAUAAUUUGAAUGCACAUGGCUUUCGAGGCGGUGGCCAUGGCCAUGGCCAUGGGCCGUCAAUGCCUGUGCAGCAGCCGCCACCCCAGACUCAUGUCGACGCGCCGGUGCCUGUGCCCAUUCGACCGACCGGCAUGACCAGGGAGAACUCUGUCGAGCCAGAGGCACCAGAGGCCGACGACCAGGCCAUGGUGAACGCGCCCAUGGCCAGCCUCUACGAGGUCACCAAGCUGCGUAAUGUCCGCAGCGACCCGUGGGCCCGGAUGCAUCGUCCCUCAAGUCCAUCGCAAAAGCCCGACUUUAUAUCCCAGGGAAAGUUCGACCUCCAGGAAGCAGAGCGGCUCUUUGCCAGGUUUCGGGAAACACUGAAUGCAUAUCUAUGGGGUGGCAUAGCUCUAGUUCACGACAGCUUAGAAGGCGCCAGAGCGUCAUCGUCUCUGCUCACCGCAGCAAUUCUCGCCGUGACCGCCUUGCAUGCUCAGGAUGACGGGACGUCCUUUGAUGUCUGCUACCCGAUCUUCCUCGAACUCGUCAGCCAGGCCAUGUUUGACCGCUAUCACUCGCUUGAUGAUGUGCGAGGACUGUGCAUUGGCGCCUUCUACUUGUCCGACCUGAGCUGGAAGUUGUCGGGGCUUGCCGUAAGAAUCGCCACCGAACUCAACCUGCACCAAUUCUGCGCCAUGGCCAUAGGAGACCGUCCAGAGUACGUCGAGGAGGCUAGGCUGUGGUACUUUUUGUACGUUUGCGAUCACCACUUCAGCAUUGCCUACGGCCGGCCGCCCGUGAUUAGCGAGAACUCGACGCUGUCCUGUCACGAAGACUUUUUGCGCUUGCCCGGAAUCACAAUGUCGGAUCUUCGCCUGCACAGCCAGGUCGGCGUGUUUAUCAUUCUCAGUCGAAUCUACCAUGUAUUCGGGCCCGACAGAUCGAGAAUGAUUGCCAACGACGAGUUUGAAAUCCUGCGGCGGUUUGACGUUGACCUGGCACGGUGGAGAGAUCAAUGGAAGCCUCGACUCGCACCAAACCCCCACAUCGCCGACUAUCCAGCCAAGGGCGUCAUACUGCACUACCAUUUUGCCCGGGUGCAGCUAUUUGCAAUAUGUCUUCGGGGUCUGCGGCCCAGUGAGCAAUUCAGAAUGUCUAAUGAGCGCCGUGAGCUUGUGAAUCUGGCUAUAUGCAGUGCAUUUGGAGCUUUGGAGCUCAUUCUCAACGACCCCGAUAUGAGGCGUGCAGUGCUGGGCGUGCCUCUGUACCUACUCACGACGAUUGCGUAUGCUUGCCUUUUCCUCAUGAAGGCUCAGACGCAAUGGCGGUCCGCAAACCUCAACAUUCGCCACGAGACCGUUGCUUCCACCAUAGAAGGCAUCAUCAUACUUUUAGAGGAGACCAGCCCUUGCGUCCGCCAUGUCGCGCACUACCUCGGUCGCGGGCUCAACGGCAUGCUCCAGAAGUUCAAAGAACACAACGCAAUGGAAAAGCAGCAGGUUCAGAAUGGACAACCCGUGCCGGUGUCAUAUGCUGAUGGUGGAGCGUGGCCCGAUUGGAACAGCUGGAUGUUUGGCACUGCAAACGUGCCGAACCAGUUUGGGUCGGACCAGGACCAACAGUAUGGGCUUAGCUUUUUGGACGCUCUGAGCUCACAAAUGCCGGGAUGA